AAAGUAUAAAGAAAGUUCCUGUUGUUUUUCUUGGCUCUCCACUUUUGUAGUGAUCCGACCAAUCCAACAUAACCAAAAAGGCCAACGACCAAAAAGAAAGGCCUCCAACAAAAAAUGAACUCUCACUUCCUUCCUUCUACCCUGUGCUCCAUCACUCUCCUUUGCUCUUACUUAUCCAUUGCUUCUUCUUCUUCUUCGGACAUUUCUAAACUCUUCGAAACCUGGUCCCAACAACAUGGUAAAACAUACGCAUCACCCCAAGAGAAGCUGUUUAGGCUCCAAGUGUUGGAGGACAAUUUUGAUUUUGUCAAGAAACAUAACAGUAGGGCUAAUUCUUCGUAUACCCUUUCUCUUAAUGCCUUUGCUGAUCUCACCCACCCUGAGUUUAAAGCUUCUCGAUUGGGUCUUUCUCCUGCUUCUGCUUCUGCCAAUCUUCAUGGGACCAAAUUACCGUUUCCUGAUUUCGUUGGUGAUCCUCCUUUGUCGAUUGAUUGGAGAAAAAAAGGAGCUGUUACUGAGGUUAAAGAUCAAAGCAAUUGCGGUGCUUGUUGGUCUUUCUCAGCCACAGGAGCAAUUGAAGGCAUAAAUAAGAUUGUUAGCGGAUCUCUUGUUAGCCUCUCCGAACAAGAGUUGGUUGAUUGUGAUAAAGCUUACAAUAACGGCUGUGAGGGUGGACUUAUGGAUUAUGCAUUCCAGUUUGUCGUAAACAACCACGGGAUCGACACCGAGGAUGACUAUCCAUAUCAAGCUAAGGAAAAACCCUGCAAUAAGGAAAAGUUGAAAAGGCGUGUGGUAACCAUUGAUGGAUACACAGAUGUGCCACGAGAAAACGAGAACGCGCUGAUGAAAGCUGUUGCAAAUCAACCUGUAAGUGUUGGUAUAUGUGGCAGUGAAAGGGCAUUUCAGUUGUACUCGAAGGGGAUUUUCACUGGGCCAUGUGCAACAUCGUUAGAUCAUGCUGUACUGAUUGUGGGAUACGGAUCGGAAAAUGGAGUAGAUUACUGGAUUGCGAAGAACUCAUGGGGAACGCGUUGGGGAAUGAAUGGUUUUAUAUACAUGUUGCGUAAUAAAGGGGGUUCUCAAGGGCUCUGCGGUAUCAACAUGCUGGCUUCGUUCCCGGUUAAGACGAGCCCUAAUCCACCUCCUCCGGCUCCACCAGGACCAACUAAAUGUGAUUUUUUCAGUCGGUGUGGAGGAGGAGAAACAUGCUGUUGUGCUCACCAUAUUUUUGGAAUAUGCUUUUCGUGGAAAUGUUGUGAAUUGGAUUCAGCUGUCUGUUGCAAGGACGGACUUCAUUGCUGCCCACAUGAUUAUCCAGUUUGCGACACACAAAGAAAUGCAUGCCUCAAGUUUCCUGGUAAUGGUACAAGAAUGGAGACAGUCGCAAAGAAAAACUCCCAAGCAAAAUUUGGUAGCUGGAAUUCCCUUCUCGAAGGAUGGAUUCUGUAAAGCCUUCUCUAUUAAUUUUGCCUAUAAGUUUUCUAUAUAAAGCUCCCGUAAACAUUGUAUGCUUCACCGUUGUAACGAGGUUUCUAGUUUUAGACUUAAAUUUUCCGAACACCCAGCAGGCAAUCGGUUUAGCUAUAAAGCCGUGUCUCUCAGACGGUGACAUUUGGGUGCUACAUAGCAUAGUUUUGUUUUUUUACAAAGAACCACACAGUGAGGCUUGUACUAUUUCAUCUCUCUGUAGUCCAUAACCACGAAGUGUUGAGAUCUGGAAAUUGAAGUAGGUCUUUUUAGCUUAGACAUAAAAUUGCUUUUGGCA